AUGGAAAAUGAAGUUUUAGGAUUGUUACAUGAAGUCGGGUAUUCAAAAGAACUCUCGGAGAAACGCGCCAAAAUUUAUGAAAAUGCUGGAAAAGGAGUAACAAUAUUUGAGAGAAGAAACUUUGGUGGAGAUUUUGAUAUUGUGAUAGGCGGAAGUAGAGGAGACGGUACGGGAGUGUAUUUAGACUGUGAUGUAGAUAAAAUAUUUGUUCAAAAUGAAGUUAAAUGUUUUGAUGAAAUCGGAAUUGACGCGAUCGAUGCUUCUUUUAAAACUGUAUUUCGAUUAGAAACAGAAGGAAUCCCAAGUGGUUAUGCAAAACUUCGACUACAUAGUAUGCAAGAUGGAGCAGAUACCAAUCAAACAGGCGACAUAUUGCAACAUAGAAUAAAACAAGCUCUCACCAAUGUUGAUGGAAUCCAAUAUCUACGGAAUGAUCAUACGCUAUGCUCAGCUAUUGGUCCCCAACCAGGGCAAGUGUCAAACAGUUGGCUUCAUCAAAACAUUGUAUAUUCCAAAGUCAAAGCUGGACCUUCUACACCUUAUAAUAUUCGCAUACCUUUAUUGCAAACAAAUUUAGAACUUGAUGAGGCUCUAGCGUUUCGGUGCUCAUGUCCUGCUAUUGUUCAUCAGUGUUGUGAACGAGUCAGUGGGCGCCAAUGGCCUCCGACAUAUAUUGUCCAAUCAGUGAUAUCGCAAGAUGCUUACGUUGUUCCGGUUGGGCUAAAAGAUCAUACUGAUGAAAAUUUACAAUGGCGAAUUUGUUUUACACUGACCGAGAUUGCAUUAGUACAAUCAUUUAACGACACCCAAAUCAAACUUUUUGCGGCUUUGAAGCUGGUAACGAAGCAUUGCCUUAAACCAAUUUGCAAAAAUAUUACCACAUAUAUCAUAAAAAACAUCCUGUUCUGGUUAAUGGAAGAAAGUGAACACAGUCAUUGGGAAGAGAAAUACUUCAAUGAACGGUUUACAGACGCUUUGCUGUAUCUGAAAACGUCAAUAAAUAACAGAGAACUUAAAAAUUACAUGAUACCAACAAGAAAUCUGCUCCUCAAUAAAGUAAGCUACGAAGCUAUGCUUUGA